GGUUGGGUUGUUGCGAAUUUUCCCGAGUUUUUCCGGCAUCCUCCUCCUGCGCCGGCGACUGUUCGUUGUUCCGAUUGCAAGAAACUAAAACGCUCGACGUUCUUGCGGUAGAAUUUAUUGUUUCAAGAACGCCCGGACGCCAAGUUUCUGCAAACAGAAAACUCAUCUGCGGUGGUGCGUGCGUUUUGUGUGUCCCGUCCCUCGUCAUGCUCGCUGCCCGAGCCGUGGUUCCGUGGAGAAAAUGAGAGUUUUCCACCAAACGAUUUUCUACCUCCAACCGAUGUGAGCAACACUCAAUUUUGCCAUGCGGUCUAGGGCCGCAGAACACAGAGAUUGAUAUUGCUCAUCAUUGGGUGGUUGGGUAGAAAAUUGCAAACGACCAGUGUCCCCCGCCGAACCCCUACCCCCCCUCACCACUGGGGAUCUGCACACAUCAUGAACGCGGAAGAAAGUGUAGUGAAGGUGAAGGUUGAGGAAGAGGGUUCCUCUCUACCGGGAAAUGGCUCACCACAGGGUUGUCCGAUGGCUAAGCGGAGGAGAGUGGAAGAAGAUCCGAACGUUUCAGACCCACAAGAGGACAAACCGAUGGUCGAUGCGACGGCGACGGUGGCACAGACGAAUCUGCGAGAGUUUGAUGUGCUGGACGAGGUGCAGGGCGACAACUCGGACGAAGAUUCGGAAACUGGCGGUGGUGAAGAGAUAGAAGAAGGCAGCACGGAAGGAUCGGACGUUAAUUACGAGGACAUCGAAUCCAUGCUGGACGAGGGAUUGCCGGAGGAGCUCCGUAAUGCCAACAAAAAGCAACCGUACGAAGAACGCUUCAAGCAGGUGCUGGACGAGAAGGGACGGAAUCACUUCGAGGUCUUACCGGAGGGUUGGGUUCAGGCCACGCACAUGAGUGGGAUGCCGCUGUAUCUGCACAAAGCGUCGCGGGUCUGUACCGCAUCCCGGCCAUACUUUCUCGGUCCGGGCAGUGUGCGGAAACACGAGAUUCCGCUGAGCGCCAUCCCUUGCCUGAACUAUCGGAAAGCGCUGGAGAAGGAGGAAGAGCUGAAGAAGGAACUGGCGGCCGCAACGGCAGCACGAGCAGCGGCCACCCUUACAAAUGGUGCGGAAAAUGGUGAAUCACAGGAGGAAGGUACGGAGGAUGGUGAAGGUGGUCCGAAGGAACCGAAAACGCUGCAUAAUGCGCAGCUUAGCAAGAUGAUUGCAGGAGCUACAAGUGUAGCCGAAGCACAGGCCAACGCCAAACUGCUACCCUUAAAAGUGAGCGCCAAGAUUGAAACCGUAACGGAAAACCUUAAAGCUCAAUCGCUCUCAGCGGAUGCCGUCGUAGAGUACUGCAAGCAGCUGUUUCACUUCAAAACGGUCCGCGUACUGCGGUUCAAAUCGUGGGCUGCACGCCGUAAGUUCACCAAGCAUCGGAAGCACAUAAAGAACCUGCAGCGACCGACGUUGCCCGAUGGAACCAAGCUCAUUACCUUCCCGAUGCUGAACAUGGAAGAUGAAGCGGGUAAUCCACAUGCCCGGCCCAAGAAAGAGUGGAUCAUGAAUCCGAACGGCAAGAGCUACGUUUGCAUUCUGCACGAGUACGUCCAGCAUGCGCUGCGUAAGCAACCGACGUACGAGUUUAAGGAACUGGAAAAUGCUGCCACACCAUACUCCGCGACGGUCACCAUUAAUGAGCUCAAAUAUGGGACCGGGUAUGGGACGAGCAAAAAGCAGGCCAAAAGUGAGGCGGCACGAGAAACGCUCGAAAUCCUGAUUCCCGACAUGAAAGACAAAAUCACGAGCAAAGAGGCUAAGAGCACCUCGAAUGUCGGUACCUCGCAAGGCCAGCAGACAUCGGAUCUGCGUGAGCUGUCCGUCUUUGAUGAAAUCAAAAUCGAAGAUCCACGGGUGGCCGAAUUUUGCGCCAAAACGACGGAACCAUCACCGCACGCCAUUCUGCUAACGUGCUUGCAGCGGAACUUUGGACUCGGCGAGGUGCACAUCAACUACGAGGUGAACACGAUGAAGCACCGGAAGAACGAGUUUACCAUGACGGUCGGCAAACACACGGCCACGGUGGUGUGCAAGAACAAGCGUGAUGGCAAGCAGCGAGCCUCGCAGGCCAUCCUACAGAUCCUUCAUCCGCACAUCAAAACCUGGGGCUCCCUGUUGCGGCUGUAUGGUAACCGAUCGGUGAAAUCGUACAAGGAGAAAAAGCAGGAAGAGCAGGAGAUUACCGUACUACAGAGCAAGGCGGCCAUUAAUCAGCCGAACUACGCCAUUCUCGAGAAACUAAAACUGGAAAUGCUGAAACUUUCCGAAGACCAGCAGAACGUGCGCGUGAUUGGCAAGUUUGUGCCACCAUCAGACGUUGAGCUACCGAGUGGAUCAGGUGCAAUUCUAAAGAAUGUUGAGCUUUAAUGCGUCCUGUGAGCAAUGUCUCUGUGACAGGAGCAGGAAUGUUUUUAGAAACUGUCUUCAUCAUAAAACAAAAUCUCGAAAAUAAGGAACCAAUUCACGUACUUUCGUUGGUGUAGCGCGGCUGUUGUAGCGUAAAGCCAUUAUCUUCCGUACUCGCGCGUGCCGCGAAAAUUAAGCUGGAUCUUAUUGUAUAGGUUGUACGUUAUAGUAUUAGAUGAAGGCGAAAGAUUUUAUCACAUUAUUCAUUGGGAGCGUUUUUUUUAGUAAAAUUACAUAGGCAUUAGGAUCAAA